AUGGACACUACGGCGGUGAUAGACAAGUACACCCAGGAUAUCUCCAAUCUCCCGUUGGAGAUCCGAUACAUCUUCGAGGAGAUCCAUAACAAGGACAUUCAGUUGAUGGAGGCGCGUCGGCGGUACCAGGCCAAAGAUAGUCAGAUCCACAAACUCAUUAAACAGAGCGGCACGCAAGCCAAACAUCCGAAAGAACCACAAGUUUACGCCAAAAUCGAGGAAGACUUACAGCUCGUGGAGAAGAUCCAGAAGGAGAAGAUCCUUCUUGCCAAUACGGCGCUUUUUCUCAUUUCCAAACACUUGUUCAACUUCGAAACCGAUAUCACCAAGCUCGAGCGGGACGAGCUCAUACCGGCAAUCGACAACGUUUAUGAGAUUGAAGGGGGGCCGCAGGACGGCACCGGCGGUGUCGGCCGGGCCUAUAGCGACGUGUCAGCCAGCGCCACGCCGCGUAGUACCCUCUCACUAACGCCGGGAGUCGAAUCGCUGGCACUCCAGAGAAAGGCCCAGAAGCGUAAGGCGAUGAUGAAGGCCGGCGUCAGGCCAUACAAGCGCAGUCGAAUGGACGAUGAUGACGAUGACGACGAAUCACAGCCCGACACGCCAGGGCGUCAUGAUGGGCCUGGUGGUGACGAUGCCGACAAUACUCUCUACUGUCUUUGUCAGCGGGUGUCGUUUGGAGAGAUGAUUGCGUGUGACAACGAGGACUGUCGAUUCGAGUGGUUCCACUGGCAGUGCGUGGGGAUUACUUCGACGCCCAAGGACAACGUCGCGUGGUACUGUCCUGACUGUGCUCCCCGGAUGGAAAAACGCAAGAAGAAGAAGAAGACCUGA